UUUCAGUUAUAAGAGUUGAAAUGCCUGGGACAAGAUGUACAGUAGCUGUUUGUAACAAUAGCUUUGAAAAAACUAAGAGAGCCGGUAUGAACAUUAUGUAUCAUCAAUUUCCUAAAAGUCAACCCCUCAGAAAUAUUUGGAUUCAAAGAUGUAGAAGAGCAGGGACAUGGAAUCCUAAUUCUUGUCAUAUAUGUUCGAUUCACUUUACGGCGGACGAUUAUAAACGUGAUAUGUCCUCUGAAUUCUUAAACAUUCCAGCGAAGCGAAGAUUGAAAUCAACAGCCGUGCCAUCCCUGUUUCUCUCGGUACCUCCGCCAUUAGGACUUAUGUCUCUCACGCAGCGAAAAAGAAAAAAAAUGUCAGUGGACGAUGAUGCUUCGAUGUAUUUAAAAAAUGAAGAAACUAUUUAUUUACAGUUGGAUGAUGUAAAUACUCGAGAUGAAUCGUCGACCGACGAUUUGCCAAUAUAUGAAAUUUGUGAAAUUGAAAAUUCAAAGGAUGAUAAAAUCAUGUUCAUGUCGGAAUAUGAAAAUUACGAUAUCGAAUCUAAUAUGGAGGAAAACUUGGACUCUUAUUACUUGGAAAAGAAUGAUUGUCAGAAAGGGAAAAAGGAGGAUGAUAAAAUGUCAACGGCCUCAAAAUUUCAGUGUAUAACAGUCAAGGAUCAUUCUACGCAGACAGAUACCGAUCACUUUUUAGAAAAUUAUAAACAAUUAGUUGAUAAAAAUGAAAGCCUUGAAAGUGAAUUAGUAAGAUGGAGUAACAGAUACAAGACAUUAAUGACAAAUAUGAAGUAUUUGGAAUCUAAAAUACAAAGGCUAUCGUUCAAUGCGAGCCAGGCAGAGUAACAUAAACAUUCAUUUUUAAAUAUCGAAGCAUAAUUUAUUUGAAAUUAUAAUUUAAACUUAUUAAAA